AUGCCACUGAUUGGACAACAAGAUUUGCAACUUCUUGUCAUCGCUGGCGACACGAAACAGCUUGGUCCGGUCGUCAUCUCUGCCACUUCGCGUCGUAACCCACAUGGCAAUUUCCUGGGCGCCUCCGGCCUUGAGCGACUUGUGGCGCUGCAGAAGCACUUGAUGCACAUCACUGCGUGGACGAACUAUCGCAGUCAUCCUUCUCUCGUGGUGAUGCCAAGUGCUCUGUUCUACCGCGAACAGAUGAAGCCUGCAGAUGGUCUCGACUGGGACACCAAGCUUGCUCGGGAUGUCCUUACACUCAUCAACGGUCACCGCUUCCGCAAAGCGUACAGAAACAUCUCUGCACUCUCGCCAGAUGAUCGCCAACGUUUCGUCAACGUCGUAUCUGCAGCGCGUCGCGACCCAGCGACCCAGUCUUUGGUGGACGUCGGAGGUAUCGUUGCCAUCUUGCAGCUGUUGCGCAUGCUGCGCGAUGUCGGAGGUGUCUCGCUUGGCCGGGUGGGCGUCAUCUCCAUGUACAAGGACGAUGUUGUCACGCUAAGACAGCGGCUCGAAGAGGACAAGAUGAGCAAUGUCGAUGUCGAGGUCACGGUGGAUGAUGAAGAGGGAGGUAGCGCUGAGGCCUCCACUGUCGAUGCUUUUCAGGGCCGCGAGAAGGAUGUCAUCAUCGUGCACUUCGUCACCACCAUGCCGAAGCAGAUGGGAGGUGUGCGUCACCCAUUCGGCUUCGUUCGAGAUCCCCAUCGACUGAACGUCGCCACCACACGAGCCAAGCAAGUUCAGAUCCUAGUCGGCAACUAUGCCAACUGGUCGGAGUGGUGCGAGGGACCGAAGCUCUCCAAUGGUGACCAGUCAUUGUGUCGCCACAUGUUUGGAUUGAUGGACUACGUGGAGACGAACGGAGCGAUUGUGGACUGGGCUAAAGUUGACUACAAGCUGUUAGCGAGACACCCACAAUACGGCCUUGAAAGGCAGUGUUGCUCUACGUUGAUGCUUUCCGCCGUUGUGGCGGCAGGAAUGUAG